UUGAAAGAGUGUAAUAUAUUACGGAAAAAUAUCGUCAUAUAAUUAAUUCUAAUAAAAGUACUCCAUAUCAUUUUGUUAGAAAAUCUUACAACUGUUGUAAAAUAAAUGAAAAAGUGAACUAUUUUAAAAUUUUUAAUUUUUGUGUCUCGAUUUCGAAGACUGAUAAAAUGACGUGUCGUGUCAUAUGUUAUUGAAAUUAAUAUUUUUAAGGACACUCAAAUGCAAGCAAACUUAAUGAGACGACGGGAGAAGUAGUAAAAUUUUUUAAUUUAUUGCAAUAACUACAAAUAAAAAUAUAAAUACGAAACAAAUAUGUCUACCUCAAUAUUAGAUGUGAUCGGUCAUUAUCAACGUAGUAUUGAAAGAGCACAGAAGCAGAAUAAUCCCCUUAAUGAAAGUAAAACAGCAAAAUUUUUGCAUUGCAUUGAAAAGUUGAGCAAGCUACCAGUGAAAGUAGAGCACUUACAAGCAACGGGAAUCGGUAAGACUGUUAACUCCUUAAGGAAGUAUGAAGGUGAAGUUGGUGUUGCUGCUAAGGCCUUAGUAGCAAAAUGGAAAGCUGUAGUCACAGCCGAAGAAUUCGCAAAAGAACAAGCGGCACGAAAUAGAGAGCACAGAGAUGAUGAUAAUAAUGAUGGAGGAACGGGAAGUGGGAGUUGUAAUAAUAUAGAUCCUAAUGGAAAUGUGUCUACAAAUAGUAAUAACGGUUAUAGUAAUGAAAGAGAAACUACGCAACAUUAUCAAUAUAACAGUAAUUAUGCUGAUAAACAGCAAACAACGAAACAAAAUUCAGCUGAGAAUAUUUAUUAUCAAAAUCAGAAAUUUGAGGAUAAGAAUAAACAUUCUGUUAACUAUGAAGUGCACGCAACGAUUAGUGCCCCAAUUAUAAGACCAUCGGCUCCUAUUGACCCCAAUUAUGUUCAUACCAUUGACGAUGAUGAUGAUGAUGAUGACAAUGAUGUGCAGUUAAUCAUAGAUGAAAAUGUAAAUAAUCACAUCAAAGCCUCACCUCAGUUAAUUUGUAAUACUGGUGUCGAAAUAAAGUCUGAUAAAUACGGUAACGAAGUUAAGGAAGUGUCUAAACAUCGUGAUCAAAAGUCAAAAAAAGACAAGCAUCAAAAACGCCAUAGCUCAGAGCGUAAACAAGAAUAUGAACAUCAAAAAACUAGCUCUACUCAUUCUCCAAAUUUUAAAUUACCAGAUUCAAAUAAAAAUUCGAAUCACAUAAAAAGUCAAAAUGAAACUAUGGUUUAUGAUUAUGAACCACCUUCUGCAGCUGAAGUUUGUCAGGAAGAUAUGUAUAGUGAUCGAAUGAUUUAUAAUAACUCAAUUAGUGAUAAUUUAGUAAAUGACAUUAACACUUCUAGUAUUCAAAACGUUGAACACAAAAGUGAUAAGCAUCACAAAACUUCACAUACUGAAAGUGAACACAGUAGCAAGAAAAAGAAAAGUAAAAAGCAUAAGGAAAAAAAAUCAAAAUCGAAGCAUCACGAUAAUAAUGAUGAUUUUAAUAGACAGAGUGAUUCUAAACAUGGAAAAAAACACAAAGACAAAGAUAAAUUAUCAAAAGAUAAAUCAUCAAAGCAUAAAAAAUCUAAGGAUAUAGGAGUAAAAGAGUUUAGUAAGCUAGACGAAGAAACUGAGAAUGAAAAGUUAAUUCAAAUUUCCAACGAAGAUACUUUCAAUGAUCCCAAUCCACCACAUUUUGUCGAUUAUAAUGCUGAAGUUACUUCCACGACUAUGACACCGAAUAAAAUAAAAAAGUCUAAAAAUGAAACAUUAAACGAUAACGGUAUUGAUAGUACAACCGGAGCAAGUUUUGAGCAAGCUCUGGGAAUGAUGGAAAUGCCAAAUAAGAAAGCAAAAUAUCAAAAUAAAAGCCAAAAUGAAACUUCGAUUGUUUCAAAUUAUCAGGAGCCUACUACAAUAUCUAAAAAACGUUUGAGUCGUGAUGAACCUAGUGGAAGUGGUAUUGUAAGCAAAAAACAAAAAGUUUCUACGUCACAAUCUGUUUCAAAUAGCGAUAGUGAAAGUAGUACUGAAAUGGAAAACUUCAAAUCAGCAACUCCUUUGCUUUUGUCGUCUAGUGCUAAUUUAAAACCACUUGAUCCAAGCAUUGCCUUAGAAUUACCAACCAUAUCGAAUAAUUACAAACCAAUGCCAUUAAAUCCAACUGUUAUGGAUUGUGUAUUCCCUCAGUCAAAACCACAAAGAUUAUUUACCGAUGAAGAGGCACUAGCUCAUGGUAUAUCUUCUAAAACUAUAAGAACCAAAGUAUAUUCCGGUGCGAAAAUUGGCCAAAAAGUUCAAAUUCCAACAUUAUUUAAUUUAUGUAUACGUUGCUUACAAAAAAAUAUUGAUGCUCUUGAAUAUACUGGAGGUGUACCAUUUGAUAUUCUUAGACCAGUUUUAGAAAGAGCAACGCCAGAACAGUUAUCUCAAUUUGAAGAAUUCAAUCCAUACCUAAUGCAUGAUACAGAUGUGUUGUGGGAACAACACGUUAAACGCCGUUUCCGCUCGUAUAAACGUGAAGAAAUGGAGUCUUUUCGUGAAAUGUACAUACGUUGUAAGGAAUUGCAAGAUGCUCAUUUAAACAGACUUACUGAAAACAUAAAACAAUCACAAAUACAAACUAAUAUACCACUACGUAAAACUCAAUUAGCUUAUGUAGAUUCAUUGGUAAAACCACCAAGGUACGUCAAAAAGAAGCAAGAAAAAUUUGGAACUAAUACUAAAUUAGUGGCAACACCAGCUGCUCGAGUUGCCGCGCUGCAGGCUAUAACACCGAAUGCAACAAAAAGUGGUGAUGUUAGAUUAAGAGUUGCUGCUGGUACAAGGGAUAACGCUCAAGUUACAUCUGCCCCGAAAGCUAGAAAAGCGCCUUUAAUGGCUAAAACACUUCAGUUUAUGAAAGGUCGGAUAAGACGAUAAAUAAGAAACAAAGAGAGUGAGAAAGAUGAAAAAAGGAUUUCUUGCAAAAUUGUUUUUUCGAAAUAUUUAUAUAUAUACAUGCGUAUAAGAAAUAGAAUUGUAGAAUAUAAGACCUGCGCUUUGUUUUAAUGAUUUUUUUUAGAAAAUUUUGUUUUUUAAUGUAAUUAAGAAAACAAGGAAACAUUAUUGUAAUAAAAUAUCAGUAACUUGAUUUUUUCUAAUAUAUUAUAUAUUGCUUUGAGUUCUGAAGUAAUAUUUGAGUUAAUGAAUACUCAGAUUAUAUUGAUACGUAGUGUCUCAAUCAUACACAAGACAUAAAAUUACCAAAUUGUUUUAUAAAAUGUAAUUAAUGAAAUUUUACAAAUUACAUACAUAUAUACAUGUACGAAAGAAUAUCGUAUGUGAUCGCUAUUUAUUAAAUUGUGAGUGGCAGAGUUUGUUUAAAUUUUUGUAUAAAUGGCAUUAGGCACCAUUUACGUUUUAAAUUUAUUUAUUUUUUUUAUUGAGUUUGCUCUAUCAAAAAAUGAAAGGACAAUUCUUGAACAUACAUACAUAAUAUGUAAAAUGAUAUUUUAUUUCGAUGGAAGGUUUUUAACAGCGUUGAUAAAACACUUCCAGAAUAAAGUUACUGAAUUUAAAUAGUUUUCUUUUUCAAUUAAAACUUGAAAAAUUGUGAAAGAGGAAAAGAAGUUUUUAUUGUGUUAAAUUAUCAAAUAAUAUAUUAUACAACAAGAAAAAAGCAUUGUAUAAAAUAUAUGUAUAUAUUUUCUACACACAAAUAAAAAGCAUUUCGCAAAAGACGUUGUAGUAAGAAUCAUUAAAAUUUUUUUGUCGUAUGUUCUAAAUUUAACUAUAAAUUUUAAGUGACAAACCAAUAGACAAUUAUUUAAAAUUUGAAACUAUACAAAUUAUUGAAGUUUUUUGUAUAUUAAAAUUUAAGUAUGUAUUUUUAUUUAAGUUAUUGCUUAAAAAAUUGAAAUUAUUAUAAAAUUGUAACAAAAUAUGAGUAGUGAAAUUAAGUAGAAAACUUAUACUAAAUUUUACAUA